ACAGCAAGUUAUUGCAUAGAACACUGGAUCUGGAUAGCUCAACGCUUAGCUUAUGCUUGGCAGCGGUCUUUUCGAAACUCCUACGGUCAACGGUGGCAGCGAAGGCAUCAAGAGACCGAAGAGCUGACAAGCCCAGAGCUCAUCAAUCAUCUAUCGUUCGCUAGCGUUUUUAUAGCGACUUUCCCACCCGCAACCAUUUAAGAAGCCCGCACCCAACCAUGUUCUCGUCUGCAACCACCCCCUCGAAUGCUGAAAGAGGCUAAAGACUCGCAGGCUUUGGGGCACGCCGCUCUGGCCGAGAGAAAUCUCGAAGGCACCCUUGGGCUCGGGGUAAUCGCAGAAGUGAUCCAGCACGAGCUAAAAGUCUUCUGGGGCUUCACGUGGCGGGACUGGUCCGCAAGCGUGGUUCCCGGUGCGAUGUACACACUGGCUGCGCUCCGUUCGCUGGACAGUGCGCUGACGAUCGACGUGGUGGCGCGCGGAAUCGGGCGUUCGGUCGUGUACUUUCUGCUCUUCAUCUACGCAUUCGACUUGGCCAACCAGAUCAACGGCGUGGCAGAGGACAAGAUCAACAAACCCGAUCGACCCAUCGCGUCAGGCCUGUCCUCGCUCAAAGGCGCGUAUAUGCGCUGGCACGUCACCAACGCCAUACUCCUCUUUCUCGGGGCGGCGUGGGGAGUGCUGCCGUGGGCCGCGCUGUGGAUCAUCGUGACCAUCUACACAAGCUUCUACGGCGGCGACAAGCACUGGGCGACGAAAAACCUGGUCUUCAUGUCCGUCGGCUCAUUCUGUGUGCUGCAGUCCGCUUGGGGGCUCGGAGCGCCGAUCGGACCCCAGACGCUGAGAUGGGACCUGAUUCUAAGCGGGGCUUUCGGGAUCGUUGCCAGCAUCCAGGACAUGCGUGAUGCCGAAGGCGACAGGAUUGCAGGGCGACGGACAUUGCCCAUCAUUCUCGGAAAUUCCUUCCGCCCUGCCAUGGCAAUCGUCAUCUGCGCCAUGCCGGCCGUGUGCUGGAAGCUCGAUUUUCUGCGCCGCUCGCACUGGAUGGUCGGGUACUGCGGGGUGCUGCUCACUCUCGCCAUGUUUUACAUGGCCCAACGUGUCGUGCGGGGUUUCUCCGCUCGCUAUGAUCACAAGACGUAUAUGAUCCUCACGUACAUCUUUUGCGGUUGUGUGGCAGUUCCGAUGCUUUUUCCUUGACGGUCUCGAUGCAGGUUGUCAACGGUAUGUAGAUCUCUUUGGUUUUUGAUCGCCGUGAUGGACACUUGGGUGUGUGAUAGACUAUUCUAGUAAUGUAGGGAUACAUGGAUUGUAACAUGUCGGACAUAAUACACU